AUGGAUGACGCUAGAGCUGGUCCUUUUCAGGAAGGAAGUGCACGAAAUAAACGAAAAAUAAUUGAAGGAAUUAGUGGUAAUUAUUGUGGAUUGACUGCGGAGGAAGUCCGGAAUUUGUCUAAGUACGCUAUAAGUUCUGAUGAAGACGAACCCAAGGAUCCCUUUGAUGACAGUGGAAGCGAUUUUAUUCCCAGUUCGGAAAGCAGUUCAUCGGAGUCUGAAUUUUUAGAAAUGUCUGAUGUUGAUGGUAAUACCGGUAAUUCGAAUGAAGAGCAGGAGCUGAAUAAUGUCAUAAAAAUAGACGAGGCCAUGAAUGUUGAAAAUCUUGAAAUAAAGUGGACAAACUCUGAGUUCAUACCGAAAAUUUUUGCAUUCAACAAUUCUAAUAGCGCGUUACAAAAUCGUAAUUUGAAUAGUGAGAGUAUCGAAGUAGAUUUUUUUAUGAGUCUUUUGUCGGAAGAUAUUAUGAACGUUAUUGCCAUCGAGAUAAAUAGGUAUGCUCUUCAGAAAGCUGCACCUAAGUGGAAAAACGUGGACGUUCCCGAACUAUACGUAUUUUUCGCUAUGACCAUGCUUAAGACACGUACGAAAAAAUCAAACAUCAAGGAGUAUUGGACCCAAGAUACCUUACUCAGCACUCCGGUUUUUGGAAAGACUAUGUCAAGAAACCAAAAUUAA